AUGUCUUUGGGGCCGGGCACUCGGUGCACUUUCGUCGUCAUUGCACUUUGCAUUUUAGUGGACCGACGUCACUGCCAUGGGGCCGGGAUUCGGAUUCGGGAGCAGGCGAGCCAGGACUCGCUGUUGGCCGAGGCUCAGAUGAGAGUCCUUUUGCUGACUGUCCUGGGCCUCGGCCUCCUGAUUCUGCUGGGCUUUCUGGGUAAGUUCGAAUGCCCCCCAGCGCCUGAUCAACUCACGGAGCGGAGAUUUUUGAUUUCCUGCCCAGGAUGUAUCUGCUGUUUCUGCCGGAUCCGCCGGACAGCGGCCACGGCAUCGACAUCCGACGGCCUCGACGUCUACGCCCCGCGAACACAGAGCAUCGUGUGGCCCACUCUGCCCCAGGAGUCGGGCCGCGUCCUGGAGGUGACCUUUCUGCACACCCCCAAGGUCGCCUGUCCGAGUGGCGACUGCCGCCUCGCCAGGAACUCACUCUGCACCGAAUCCUGCGGGGGAAACCUGGCCAGGUGGAUCUUACUGCUGGUCACCUUCUGUUCCCAUGCUCACCUGUUCGGAGCCGAAGACGACUUUACGGACUUCGACUGGCUGAACGAGACGCAGCUGCUGUUCGAGAACGAGCUCGAAAUCGAAAACAACACUGGCGAGAGUUCCACGGAAUUCGAUGUGGAGGCGACCGAGCUGGAGGUCACCUCGAGUGUUGGCCAAACGGCUGCCAAUAUCAGCCACAAUGGCCAAGUUGAAGUUCCCUUGGAGGAGCUGCAGCAUCAUCGCCACUUCGCCCGAUUUGUUCUCAUGGUUCUUCUGUUGCAUAUCGCCGUUGUGGGAGUUGGCAUAACCAUCUACUGCUGUGUGGUCUGCAAAGUGAGGACCUUGAAGAAGCGCUCGAGGAGGGAGGCGCAGCGACGCUUGCAGCUGACGAGCCUGCGGACCGAGCACAUUCCGAAUUCCCGGGAUUGCCCGUGCCACGGAUGCAUGUUGGCCAGGGAAAUGCUGCAGGGCCUGAUCAUGCAGCAGUGGCAGGAGGUGGCCGAGUGCUGACGCAGGCAAAAGCACAAAUCCCUGGCACGAAUUCGUCAGGUGAAUGCAACCUUCGGCUGAUACUGAGGCAGACGCAAGCCAGCAGACAUUCCAAAAUAACGUUA